AUGAGCAAUUCCCAGUCAUCUCAGAGAGCCAUCCCAGGAGAGCGGCAGGAUCCAGACAGUCGGUCUGUCGUCCCUCUCGUUUCCGGAAUGAACCGGGGGUCACAGUGGCAAUGCUCGGGAUGCGGACAGCUUUUAGAAGCAGAACACAUCACCUGGAGCUUAAAUCGGGAAUGGAACGGCCUGUCACCCGACCUAAGGUCUCUCAUCUCCUUCGCAAAUCUGCUGCCCUCCCUCCCCUUCCAGCUUCGCGCGGCGCUGGCGUUCAGGGCUGAGCGAGCUAUGCGCUUUGCUAACAUUUUCAUCCUCCCGUUCCGCCGGGCCUCCCCCACUCCGCCCGGCCGCUCCCGCGGCUCGCCCCGGGGCUCCAGGAACCUCAGGCGGAUGCGGCCACGCGGCUGCCACGUCUCCGCUGCCAGCGCUGCGGUGCCUGCGCAGUUAAAAAUAGACCCUUUUAUUGCAUAUUUUGAGAGUUGCUUUUUACUGCCUAAAUGUGUGAACUUUGGAGAUUGUGAGAAUUUUAUCCUGAUAAGACAUUUUCUAAUUGAAGGUAUAUUUGCUUACUUAAAUUACCAUGUUCCUCGCACAAGACGAGAAAUCUUGGAGACGCUGAUCAAAGGCCUUCAGAGACUGGAGUACAGAGGAUAUGAUUCUGCUGGUAUUUUCUUUAAAAAGAGUUAUGAAUUUUGCUUGAUUCUCCUCCACCAUGUCCAUAAGGAUGACCCAGAAGUCCUACAAGGUGUCCGCCUCUGGCCACUGGGCCUUCAGCAGCCUCUCCUACACCAGUGGGCCUGCUUCCCGCAUCAGCUCCUCCAGCUUCUCCUGAAUGGACAGCAGCGGCAGCUUCUGAGGCGGCCUGAAGCUAGGUGGCAGCAGAAGACAUCCCGGAGUAACACGGACAACAUGCUCAAAAACUACAUCAACAACCUCAAGCGGCAGCUGGACUCACUGGGUCAGGAGAAAUUGAAGCUGGAGGCAGAGCUUGGGAACGUGCAGGGGCUGAUGGAGGGCUUCAAGAAUAAAUAUGAAGAUGAGAUCAACAAGUGUACAGAGAUAGAGAAUGAAUUUGUCGUCAUCAAGAAGAAUGUGAAUGAAGCUUACAUGAACAAGGUGGAGCUCGAGUCAUGCCUGGAAGAGCUGACUGACGAGAUCAACUUCCUCAGGCAGCUGUAUGAAGAGGAGAUAUGUGAGCUGCAAUCUCAGAUCUCGGACACAUCUGUGGUGCUGUCCAUGGACAACAGCCGCUCCCUGGACCUGGAGGGCAUCAUCGCCCAGGGCAAGGCCCAGUAUGAGGAGAUCUCUAACCGCAGCUGGGCUGAGGCCAAGAGCAUAUACCAGAUCAACAUCAGCCACCUGCAGGCAGAGAUUGAGGCCCUCAAGGGCCAGAGAGCAUCCAUGGAGGCUGUCAUUGCUCAUGCCGAGCAGUGUGGGGAGAUGGCCAUUAAGGAUGCCAACGCCAUGCUGGCCCAGCUGGAGGCUGCCCUGCGGAAGGCCAAGCAGGACAUGGCCCAGCAGCUGUGCGAGUACCAGGAGCUCAUGAAUGUCAAGCUGGCCCUGGACAUUGUGAUUGCUACCUACCACAAGCUGCUGGAGGGCAAGAACAGGCUGGAGGCUAGGAUGCAGAGCUUGAGCAUCCACAUGAAGACCAACAGUAGCUAUUCAGGAAUGGAGAGCUCACCCUAUGGGGGGCCUCACAAGCCCUGGCUUUACCUGCACCAAGAAGGUGCUUUUGCACUUGUAUUUAAAAGUGUUCAUUUUCCUGGGCAAGCAGUUGGCACAAGGCGAGGUAGCCCCCUAUUGAUUGGCGUUCGGAGUGAACAUAAGCUUUCUACUGAUCACAUCCCAAUACUAUAUAGAACAGCUAGGACUCAGAUUGGAUCAAAAUUCACACGGUGGGGAUCACAGGGAGAAAGAGGCAAAGACAAGAAAGGAAGCUGUAAUCUUUCCCGUGUGGACAGUACGACUUGCCUUUUCCCUGUUGAAGAAAAAGCAGUAGAAUAUUACUUUGCUUCUGAUGCAAGUGCUGUCAUAGAGCACACCAACCGUGUCAUCUUUCUAGAAGAUGAUGAUGUUGCAGCAGUGGUAGAUGGCCGUCUUUCUAUCCAUCGAAUUAAACGAACUGCGCGAGAUCACCCUGGAAGAGCUGUACAAACCCUCCAGAUGGAACUCGAACAGAUUAUGAAGGGCAACUUCAGUUCGUUUAUGCAGAAGGAAAUUUUUGAGCAGCCAGAGUCUGUUGUGAACACAAUGAGAGGAAGAGUGAAUUUUGAUGACUAUACUGUGAAUUUGGGUGGUUUGAAGGAUCACAUUAAAGAAAUCCAAAGGUGUCGACGUUUGAUUCUUAUUGCUUGUGGAACAAGUUACCAUGCUGGUGUAGCAACACGUCAGGUUCUUGAGGAGCUGACUGAGUUGCCAGUGAUGGUGGAACUAGCCAGUGACUUCCUGGAUAGAAACACACCAGUCUUUCGAGAUGAUGUUUGCUUUUUCAUUAGUCAGUCAGGUGAAACAGCAGAUACCCUGAUGGCUCUUCGUUAUUGUAAGGAGAGAGGAGCUUUAACUGUGGGAAUCACAAAUACAGUUGGAAGUUCUAUAUCAAGGGAGACAGAUUGUGGAGUUCAUAUUAAUGCUGGUCCUGAGAUUGGUGUGGCCAGUACCAAGGAUAAUUUGAUUAAGGAAGUGCUAAGCAUGGAUGAUGAAAUUCAAAAAUUGGCAACAGAACUAUAUCAUCAGAAGUCAGUCCUGAUAAUGGGAAGAGGCUAUCAUUAUGCUACUUGUCUUGAAGGGGCACUGAAAAUCAAAGAAAUUACUUACAUGCAUUCGGAAGGCAUCCUAGCCGGUGAAUUGAAACAUGGCCCUCUAGCCUUGGUGGAUAAGUUGAUGCCUGUCAUCAUGAUCAUCAUGAGAGAUCACACUUAUGCCAAAUGUCAGAAUGCUCUUCAGCAGGUGGUCGCUCGACAGGGGCGCCCUGUGGUAAUUUGUGACAAGGAGGAUACUGAGACUAUUAAAAACACAAAAAGAACAAUCAAGGUACCCCACUCAGUGGACUGCUUGCAGGGCAUUCUCAGCGUGAUCCCCUUACAGUUGCUGGCUUUCCACCUUGCUGUGCUGAGAGGCUACGAUGUUGAUUUCCCACGGAAUUUAGCCAAAUCUGUAACUGUAGAGUAAAGAGCGUUGGAAACUUCGGAAGAUUGAACAACACAAGACAUCUUUUAUAUUUAAAACUUUGAUUUAAAAUCUCCCCUGGAAGCCUUUUUUAGUAAAUUCUUAUUUAUAUAUCUGUUAAAUUAUUCCACUAAAUUUGUGAUUUUUGUGAAAUUGCCUCAUAUUUUUCCAGUACUAUGUGGGGCAAUUUGAAUAAUGAAAUCUAUAUUAGAAUCUGUAUCCAGAAAGAUUUUAGCUGUCAUUUUCUUUAAAGAACUGGGUAUUGAACUUGUGAGUCCCUCCCUUCCAUCUGGGAGGAGUUUAUGUUUUUAAACUCAUUGGCAUUUGUUUUACAAGGCUUCUAUUCAUUCAGACCUGUGAAAGAGUGAUUCAUUUAAUUUGAGUAUCUAAAGUCAGUGACAAUGUAUGCUAAUACUUGGACAUUUACUGAAGGUUUUACUAAGGUAUAUUUAAGUAGAAAAUACUGUGAUUUAUCUUGAAGCUUAUUUCUGUUUUAUUUUUAAAUCAAACUGUAAAACUUAAAGAAAAAACUUCUUGGUAGGAUUUAUGUAUAAGUUUAGUUAACCUCGUUUUUCAAACUUGUCUUUUAUCUGUAAGUGGAAAUAAUUUGGGAAGCAAAGUAUAAUAGUGUGUUGGUGUUAAUCCAACUCUUAAUAGAACAUAUGUGUGCAGUUCCAUAGCGCAGACUUUAAAUUUGAACUACUUUGGACAAACUAACAAUAUGAUUUUAAAUUUGAAAAUGAGGUGUUGGAUAUCUGACUUUUUAUUUUUUGUCUCCUAAAAGUACUUUUUAUUUC